AUGAGACAACCAAAAGGUUUCGAGGAUACUACUCACCCAGAUCAUGUCUACCGACUUCACAAGGCCAUUUACGACCUCAAACAAGCGCCUCGGCAAACCUCUUUUCUUGUAUCUAUCGGUUUCACUCACACUAAAUCAGAUCCAUCUCUGCUUCUUUUCAACAAAGGCAAUGUUAAAUUAUUUUUGCUUAUUUACGUGAAUGAUAUCCUUCUAACGGGCAAUGAUCAUACAGCUCUCAAUAAUAUCAUAAUGCAGCUGCAAAGCAAGUUUUUAAUGAAAAUUUUGGGUCUCGUAUCUUCGUUUCUUGGCAUUAAAAUAUCCCGUAAAUCUGAUCAAUAUUUUCUAACCCAAAAGCAUUAUGCCCACUCCAUUCUUCAAUCUGCUCAGCUCACUACGUGCAAACCAUUAUCCAACCCUACAUGUACUAAACUCCCACAAACAUAUGGCUCCGAUCCGGUACUGGAUGAUCCGAACAUGUAUCGUUGUAUCACAGGUUCCUUGCAAUACUUGACGUUAACACGUCCCGACAUCUCUUUCAGCGUAAAUCUGCUGUCCCAGCACAUGCAUCAACCUCAGCCGCAGCACGUCUAUCUCUUAAAAUGGCUUCUUCGUUAUAUCCAAGGUACACUUAAUUUUGGUAUCCCAAUUCUAAAAUCUAAUCUACGUUUAUCAGCCUAUUCUGAUGCAGAUUGGGCCGGUGAUCCCAUCUCAAGGAAAUCAACCUCUGGAUACUGCUCCUACCUCGGCAAUACACUGAUUUCUUGGACGGUCAAGAAACAAACCAUAGUGGCUCGCUCAUCCACAGAGUUUGAAUAUCGCUCGUUAGCUGCACUUGCCGCCGACGUCAUAUGGAUUUGA